UCCCUGGCCGAGCGGGGGCUGCCUCCCCCCCCCCCCGGCGGUGGGCUCACUAUGUGGCAGCCUCCGCCGCCGCCACCUCCGCCGCUCUUGCCGUCGCCGCCGGGAGGAGGAGCCGGAGCCGGGCGCUCCGCGAUGGAGGCUGAGCGGGUGGCGGCGCGGGCCCAGCAGGCCCCCGCUCAGGCCCUGGCGGCAGCGGCAGCGGCAGCGGCGGCCGGGGGGGGAGACCAGCCGCCUCAGCCGCCCCCUCCCCCGCCGCCCCAGCAGCAGCAGCAGCAGCCCCCUCAGCCGCCGGCCCCGGCCUCCUCCUCCUCCUCGUCGCCGUCGCCGGGCGGCCGCGGCGAGCUGAGCCUGCCGGGCAUCCUACACUUCAUCCAGCACGAGUGGGCGCGCUUCGAGGCCGAGAAGAGCCGCUGGGAGGCCGAGAGGGCCGAGCUCCAGGCACAGGUGGCAUUUCUUCAGGGGGAGAGGAAGGGCCAAGAGAACCUCAAAACAGAUCUUGUACGGAGGAUAAAGAUGCUGGAAUAUGCUCUGAAGCAGGAGAGGUCAAAGUACCACAAGCUGAAAUUUGGCACUGAACUGAACCAAGGGGAAAAGAAACCAGACAUGUCAGAACCAGUCUUGAAUGGGCCAGCAGAACCAAUUUCACUGGAAAGCAACCAGUUUAUGUGGAAGGAAGGGCGUCAGCUCCUCCGCCAGUACCUGGAAGAAGUGGGCUACACGGACACCAUCUUAGACAUGCGCUCCAAGCGAGUUCGCUCUCUGCUGGGCCGCUGCUCUAUGGAGUUGAAUGGCGCGGCUGAACCCUGCGGCUUAGGCCCCGGGCCCACCUCUGGCCCUGCGGGGUUGAACGGGGGCGAAUCCCUCCUUGUCAAGCAGAUAGAGGAGCAGAUCAAAAGGAAUGCUGGGAAGGAGACAAAGGAUCGCAUCAGCAGCGCAGUGAUGGAGAAGAUUCCCUUCUUGCACGGCUGCGAGGAAGAAGACAGUGAUGAAGAGGAGGAUUUGGAAAGCCUUCCCCUUGAGACACAACGGCAACACAAGAAGCAGCGAGUAAAGCUCUCCAACAAGCCCCUGAUGCCAGAAGUGGAGGAUGAAGAUGACGACGAGGACUCAGAGGAUGCGCUGAGCGAGUUUGACUUCCUGGGCUCUGGGGAAAAUGGCGAGGGCUCUGGGGAUACACGGCGUGCUGGAGAUGGCAACGAACUUGAAACUCGCCGCGUGAAGCUCCAAGGUAUGCUUGCCGAUCUCCGAGAUGUCGAUGGGCUUCCCCCUAAGCCAUCCAUGCCUUCGGCCAGUCAGCCCAGGUCUCAUGAAGGGUCUAUGGGCUUCUCCUCAGAUGUGUUUAUCAUGGACACCAUUGGUGGAGGAGAGGUCAGCCUUGGUGACCUCGCCGACCUGACUGUCACCAAUGACAAUGAGCUAAGCUGUGAUCUCUCGGAUAGCAAAGAUGCCUUCAAGAAGACAUGGAACCCCAAGUUCACCCUCCGGAGUCACUAUGAUGGCAUCCGGGCCCUGGUGUUCCACCAUGUGGAGUCUGCACUGGUCACUGCCUCAGAGGAUGGCACACUGAAGCUGUGGAACCUCCAGAAGACGGUUGCUGCCAAAAAGAAUGCUGCGUUGGACGUGGAGCCUGUCUAUGCAUUCAGGGCACACAGGGGCCCCGUGCUCUCUGUUGCCAUGGGCUGCAACAGUGAAUACUGUUACAGCGGAGGAACAGACACGAGGAUCCGCUGCUGGAGGAUCCCGGAUCUCAGCAUGGACCCUUACGACGGAUACGAUCCAAGCAUGCUCAGCAACGUCCUGGAUGGCCACACAGAUGCAGUCUGGGGCCUGGCGUUCAGCACCUCCAAGAACCGCCUGGCUUCAUGCUCGGCAGAUGGCACAGUGAGGAUCUGGGACCCGAGCAGCAGUGAUUCCUCCUGCCUCAGCACCUACAAGGCGGAGAGUGAGAACGGUAUCCCCACCUCCAUCACAUUCUCCAGUACUGACCCUGGGCAUGCGGUGGCAGCCUUCCAGACAGGCUACACGGUUCUUUACGAUGUGGAGGCCAGCUGCCCUGUCCUGACACUGGAGUCUAGGCCGGCCAAUGGGACCAGUCAAAUCAACCAAGUUGUGAGCCACCCAACCCAGCCAAUCACCAUCACAGCCCACGAUGACCGAGGGAUCCGCUUCCUAGACAAUCGGACAGGGAAAGCUGUGCACUCCAUGGUGGCUCACCUGGAUGCUGUCACCUGUCUUGCUGCAGAUCCCAACGGAGUUUUCCUGAUGUCAGGCAGUCAUGACUGCUCCCUCCGGCUGUGGAAUCUGGACAACAAGACGUGCAUGCAGGAAAUCACGGCCCACCGCAAGAAGCACGAGGAGGCCAUCCAUGACGUGGCCUUCCACCCCAGCAAAACCCUGAUUGCCAGUGCUGGGGCCGACGCCCUUGCCAAGGUCUUUGUAUGAAAAGGGAAAGGGGCCUGCAGGUGUGUCCCCAGGAUUCCCCUCUCCUUCUCUUUUGUUUCUCUGGCCCAGCCAGUGGUGCUAACAACUCUUCUCUGCCACGGGCACCUCCCGCCAUCUCCACCUGAGCUCAGGACUGACUCCUGCUGGACAGCGGUGGCCAGGGCGUGGAACAGGAUCAAGGCAGACGCCUCCCUGACCUUGGGCUCACCUUCACCAGCACUGAAAUAUUUUCCGCUCAUUUCAAGGUCGCCUGGUUUUUAUUUCCCAUCUCGGGGAGAGGAAAAUUUCCUGGAUGGCUGUUGUGGAGGCUGGUGGGAGCGGGGGGAGAGUUGAAACCGGGGCCUGCUGCUCUGUGAAGGCGGAAGGGCUCCUGACCCGGCUCUCCAAGGGGUCUCCGCCUCCUUAACCAGCUUGGGCAAGGAUUUCUUUUCAAAAUGAUCUCGCUCCCCUCUUGCCCGUCUGGGUCUGUGUUGUUGGUUUGAGCUCCUCCUUGCCACUGUUGUGGGAGAAACCUCCCAGCAUGGGGGAAACAUGCUGCCCUUCAAAUGCCGCUGCUUCCCUGGCCAGAGCAGAUCCCAAAUCCAGUUGCCAUGUGACCCUCGCUCUUCCUGGCGGAGCUUCUUCAUCUGAGCCAGAGGGAGGGGCAAGGUGCAGAGGGAACACCCCCCCACACACACAUAUACACACUUCUCCUCCUCUUUCCAGGCCGUUUCCUAGCACCAGCCAGCUGCAGCCACAAAGGCUUCCAAGUCUGUCGCUGGCAGUAGGGAGGGGCCACUUGCGUGCCAAGUUUGGGGCCAUCAGGUCCCUCCCCACUUCUCCUGCUCUGCCCUAAUCCAAACACAGACAUACGGAGCAUCGCCCGCCCCCCCGAAUUUGCAGUAUAUGUGGGCAGCAGGAUCUGAGCUGGAAAGGGCACGUAGGGUUGCUGCCAGAUCUCUCGAGUGAGGCGGGGAAACUUGGUCCUGCCUCGGCUCCACACUCUCCCUUGCUCGGUUAGAGGUCACAGGGAAGAGGAGGGAGGCGAAGGGGGAAUCCGAGAAGUGAACGGGGGUAGGUGGCAGUGCUGGCCUCCAUUUACCCAGCUUGUUGCUAGCUGAAUGUGGCCACGCAGCUCUCUGGUCACUUGCCGGUGGCUCUUCCAGGCAAGCGGGGAAGUGUCUGAGAAGGUGGAGCAGAUGGAGCCAAGGGGAGGGGCUUUGGAAGGGAGUCGCAGGUGAGCGAGGUGCGGGGAGAAGGCGGGGUGUCGAGCAAGUCUCGUGGGAGCUCUCUUGGCCGGCAUGGACAUGUUGGGCAGGCUGUUUCAGGGGGCGUGUGCCUGUGGAGGGCACAGUGGCAUUUUGGAUAUAUCUGACGGGGGUGCGCUCUGAGCGGACGCAGUUGGGCCCGGUCUUCUGCUCAAAGACGCAGGCAUGUCGGUUGGAGAAUGUACAGUUUCCUGGCAUGUUUUGAGCCAUCAUUCCCAAGGAGCCCCUUUUCUGGGCCCCAGGCUUGUAGGUCGAUAGGCCCACCUUGGCAGUAAGUCUCCCCGCUUGGCUUCACUCUGCUGGAUCUCUUGCUUCCUCAUCCCCUGGGCAGGCCUGGACUGCAGUCAUUCAUACCCUUGGUCCCGGCAGUCAGCUUCCUCUCCUCUCACCCAGAGCCCAGACAAGUGGCUGCCCCUGCCCAGGUUCAUCAUCCGGCCACUCAGGCAACGUUGUGUAGGGAGUACCCCAGCCCUGCCCACAGCUGGGGGGCCUAAUGGCUAAGGAGAGGCUCCAUCCUCGUCCUCUGGGCCCUGGUGGGAGCUUUGGGAGCUGGCUUCAGAUCCUAAGGAUGCAGGCAGGAGAGGAAAGUGGGGAGGGGAUGCUGGUGUGGCCAAAGGACCAGCAGUUCAGAGCCAGGGUCGUGUUGGAGCCUGGCACACCUGCUCCCCUGCCUUGUUCAUGCAGUGAGGUGGGAGGUUGCCACCCUGUGUGAUUUCCCUUUCUGUCUGUGUCAAAACCUACCCCUGUAGUUGGCAAUCCUUUCGAAAAACACCAAAAAGAUUCAUGUGGGAUUGGGGGCGCGAUACAUGUGCUUGAUAAGCAUGCAGUCUUUGAUCUGUGUAGGUGUGAGGUUGGGAUUAUAUUAUUAUUAUUAUUUUAACUUAAACUGGCCUCCUUGCCAUGGGAGGACCUUGGGGGUAAGAUCUCUUGCCCGUCCCGAGUAACCAGGUGGGGCUGUUCCAGGGCAGUGGGGCCAGGGAACCUCUCCCCGGCUCUUGCCUCUCAGCAGCUGCUGCUUGAUCCUGCACAGGUUGGGGACCUGUGUGGCCUCUUAACACUACUGCCGACAGAAGGCGGAAGAGCCCGUUUCUGCAGGACUGAAUCCGUCCACCUGAGACCAGGACCUGACAAAGCUGCCUCUGCUGAGGGCUCGGGAAGCCUUUAGGAUGGCUCUGGCAGUGCCCAGUAAGUGGCGGAGCAAUCCUCCCAUCAGCUAAACAAACUGAACAGUAAAGCAGCAAAUGCAGGAGAAGUUGGCUUGGGGGUGGGCGGGAGUUGUAACGUGUGGGUGCUUCUUAUUCCCCUUCCCUUCUUCAGAUAGGGCGGUGUACUCUCUCCCCCCCCCCGCCGCCCCUGAGGUUGGAUCAAAUCUCUCCUGCUAGCACCUUGCUCCCCCUCUUCCUUCUCCCCCCGCUCCCCUGAUUUUUGGGGUUUUGCUGCCUGGGGUUAAAACACCAUUUGUGUACAUUCUGUAUAGUGUAAGAAACUGAAAUUUGGAAAACUAAAACCAAGAGACACCCAAAGGGCUGCUGCUGCUGUAACCACAAUCACGUUAUCACUGUGUGAUAGUUUCUACGAGCCAUGGUCUUUUUAAAAACAGUACUGAGUUGAGCUAAUGUGGGGGUCCACGGGGGGGCGGGGGGUUGCAGGGGAGGGCAGAUCAGCUCUUGUUCUCAGAAACCGUGCUCUUCCCGCGGAGCAUGCCGCAUGGGCUUCUCCCUCCCAAUCGGGGGGCUCCCGACACCAUCACCCACCAGCCACGUCUGAACCUUUGGCCUCCUCCUCGCUCCCUCCCCCUUCUCCUCCUAUGUACCUGUUUGCUGUAUUUAUCUGGACUGAGAGCACCCCUGCCUUUUACAAAUGCUGGUUAGCUUUUUAUUGUAUAUUUAUUUGAACUCCUUCUCUCCUCCUCUUUUUGUUUUGUUUAAUCACAAGACUGAAUUGUAUGUGGGACAAAGACUGCCUCAGUAGUAGUAGUAGUAAUAAUAAUAAUAAUAAUAAUAAAAUGAAAUUUCUUUGGCAUAA